UCCUCCUGUUGGGGUGGGUGGAAUUGCAACAAGGUCCAGCACCAGCUGACGAGCCGCCCAUUAGCAUCUCUUACAGUGCUUCCAUGCCCCAUCACGAGCCCAAACCCAGCCACUUGUCUUUUAAACUACGGAGCCAAGGGGGGAUUGCCUUUUUAGGAGACACCCGAUUCCGGUGGACAUACCACGGCUGGCAUAAAGAAGCUGUGGAUGAUAAAACCAAACUCCAAUGCGAGGGGCCAUCCUUGAAUCAUAAGGUGCAUUUUACGACUGAUUUGGACGUGGUACGGACAACUGGUGAAAGCGAGAGGACAGCUGCAAUCAUGGCAACCUGGUGAAGAAACAAUGACGAAAACGCUGUUGGCACAGCAGAAAGUUUUGAAGGAAAUUUUGCAGCGAUACCGGACCACUUAGUUUUUUUUUUUUUUUAAGUGAGGUGGGAGAGAAAAGCUACAAUUGAAAAACCUCGACAUUCAUUGGAAGUUGUGACCUGAACAGCAAAUCGCAGAAGAAUGGACAAAUUCAAGGCAGGUAUGGUUCUAGGUGGUGCCGGCGAUGCCUUGGGCUUCAGAAAAGGCCAGUGGGAAAGUUGCCCAUCAGGUAGAAAGAUCCAAGAAGAACUGGUGUCCCUUGGCGGUCUGGGAGCACUCAAACUGGACCCUGAUAACUGGCCACUGAGUGAUGCAAUGCUAAUGCACAUGACCACAGCAGAGGCACUUAUCACAGAUUACUGGUGUCUGGAUGACCUUUACCGUGAGCUGGUGCGUCUCUACGUUGAAGCCACGGUGUCUCUGCAAGGAAAAAACCCUGAUCCGGCGACAGUGGAAGCCUGCAUUCACCUCAAACCUGACAAUUUUCUCCUCGCUUGGCAUACACCCUUCAAUGAAAAAGGGUCAGGAUUUGGGGGCGCUGCUAAGGCCAUGUGCGUGGGUAUGAGAUACUGGCAACCUGAGAGACUAGACAGCCUCGUAGAGGUCAGCAUUGAAAUUGGCAGGAUGACCCACAAUCACCCCACAGGGUUCCUGGGUUCCCUGACAACCGCACUAUUUGCAUCCUAUGCAAUCCAGGGAAAACCUCUUGGGACUUGGGGCCGUGAGCUCAUGAAAGUCAUUCCUCGCGCUGAGGAGUACUGUCGGAAGACCAUACGCCAUAUGGCAGAAUAUCAAGAAAACUGGUUCUACUUUGAGGCUAAGUGGCAGUUUUACUUGGAAGAGCGAGAACUGGAAAAAGAAGGUCAGAAUAAGCCGUUGUUUGACAAUCGCUAUGAUGCUGAAGAAACCGAUAAGAUGUACAAGCGAUGGAGCUCAGAAGGCCGUGCGGGCCGGAGGGGACACGAUGCCCCUAUGAUAGCCUACGACGCCCUUCUGAUUGCGGGAAAUGACUGGGCCGAACUAUGCAGAAGAGCCAUGUUCCAUGGAGGGGAAAGCGAAGCCACGGGCCUCAUCGCCGGUUGCCUCUACGGCUUAAUGUACGGCCUAAGCAAGGUUCCCUCAACCCUGUACCAGGAUUUAGACAAAAGGCAGCGUUUGGAGGAGCUGGGAGAGGCGCUUUACAAAGCGGCAUCCGAGGAGAAGUGCAUAGACAAGUAAAAGUGCACUUCGCAAGCCCAACGGCUAUCAAAGGAACUGCACGACCCAAAGACCCCUUCGUCCCCCGCACUGUCCUCUAGUCCUGGCAGAUUCUUUCUAAUGUAACCUAUCCUCUCUUCAUCUUCACCCCCCGCCCCCCCCCAUCUUGCUAAAACCACUUAUUGCAACAAAUCACAAAAAACGCCAAACUUAGGCUACUGCGCAAACUAUGAUUCGACAUUUGUCCAAUGAACUAAUCAGCAUCUAUUCCACAUGAAGUACUCGAUCUGCUCUGAUGGAGAAUGUUUUUUUUUCACAUGUAUGGAUCGGAUGGUGUUUCAUUGCUGUGUAUAGACAUCAACUUUUGCAACCUUUAAGCAAACGUUUAGCAAGCUAAGGAUCACCCGAACCCUAAUCCCCAUUUAAAUGCUAACCUGCAUUUAAGCACAUUUUCUCGAGAUCAACGAUAUACUUCAACAAAAAGCUCGACACGUUAUAUAAGAGUCUCAAAGCUCUCAAUGAGAUUUUUUUUUGACAUGAAUCUCUCCAACUUGCAGCUUGUCAGUACAUUCAAUUCCGUCAUGAUCAUAAUUAGUCAAUAACAGCGCUGUGUAGUGCACGUACACUCAUGUUUCCAGAAUCUGUGAUUGUGAUUUGAAGAGUGACAUGUGAACAUGCAUGUGAGUUAACACAGCAAUGAUUAAAAUGUAGUUAGCU